CAGGAGCAGCAGGAGCACUUUCAUAGCUUCGCUAUACAUCGUACAUUCAACGCUGGCUUCUGGGUAGGUACUAACAGGCAUGGCAUCGCAGAGACAGGAUUGGGAGGGAGGGGGGAACGUUAGAGACAGAGAUGACGGGCAAAAUGGCCAGCCCAGUGGCUGCUCUUCAGCAAGCAGUCUCACAAGUCAAAAAGUGCGGAGACUGACUGUUCGGUGAAAUCCACAUCCACCUCCCGCAUUUUGCAUUUGUGAGCCAGACAAGCAGUGAGUGAGCGAGCUCUUUCACAGCAGGUUCCCAAAGGCUAGGUACCUACAGAGUAGAUGCUAGAGCAGAGAAGAGAGCGCCAGGUCGGGCCCGACCCAUGGAUGUCCCACUCUCGGUCCACCUUGAAUCCCACUCCAACUCCAACUCCCACACACCCACCACUCCUCGACCCUACGCAAUGCCCUCCACACUCUCCCGCCCGCGACAAGAGAUCCCUCCCGACGCCGCAACCUGUGCGAUGACUUCUUUCCGUUUUCCCCUCCACGCCGUCUGUACACCCCUCCCCUACUUCAUCAAAACCCCAGUUGUAUCGAGUCGGUAGCCCAGCCAUCGAAACCUUCGUCCUUCAUCUCAGCUUUCUACCUACACUACCUGAUAAACCUCUUUCCACUCAGUACAUCCAACACAUACCCAAGAACACAGACCAAAAUCAAUACCAGGUGUGCACAAGGAAUACGGGGUUUGGUUUACCUACACGAGCGCCCUGCCUCUCUUCGUGGCGUAUCCGUUCGGACUAGGUACUUUACAUUUUGGUGACCGAGUCGGCGGGCAAGCAGCCACCCACUCAGAGACGAGAGAAGAGGAGGUCGAGUGCAAGUGCGGCGGUAGACAAGACAACUGCAGGCCAGGCGAACGUGGGGAAAUUCCCUUCUGGUGACCCUCGACUCGCCGAAUCCGAAACCUUCACUUUCCCCAAGGAAGCUUUUUUUCUUCCUUUCUUCUCUCUUACUCUCCCUCUCACACACACAUACACCACGCACAAACCUAUUCCUCUUUUCCAGAGCAUUUGCCAGCUUUCACAUGGCUGCCAGCACAGUGUCGCCCAUUGCGACUCGGAGUCCCUUCACAUCGAUGAAUCCCACGACAACAGAGCACGACUUUCGCUUCCCGCGAAGGCCUGACGACCACUACGGCGGUACAUCUCAUUCACAGGCGCAUUCCAAGGCUAGCCCCAGCGACCUGCCCGCUGGUCUCCGGGAUCUACGACUCGACCUCUCCGCGGCUCUGUACCCCGAUGCGCACGACGAAUUGCUGAAAAACUCAGAUUUCCCCCCCUUCCAGAAGGCGACCAUGGACUCAUACAAGAGCCCUGAGGACUUGCAGAGGGAGGACCCUUUGGCGACCCAGGUGUGGAAGUUCUUCAGCAAGACGAAGCACAUGCUGCCAAACCAGCAGCGCAUGGAGAACCUAACAUGGAGAAUGAUGGCCUUCAACCUGCGUAGGAAACAGCAAGAGGAGGAGAAAGCAAGGCUCGCUCGAUCUGCGCCGGCGCCUGCACCACCGCCAGCCGCUACGCCCGCUGCGACGUUCAGUGCCAACCCACCCAGCGGCAUUGCUCAGUUGCGCAAGUCGUCGGAACAGAACGUGAACCACUCAGACCCCAUGAACCUCGACGAUUUUAUCUUUUCCGACAAUCUUGCGACGCCCGUCACGAACCCUUCGCCUCUGCCACACAAGCUGGAGGAGAGGAGCCAACACCAGGUGCACUCUUCCUUCUCGUCGGCCAUUCCCAUCAAAUCGCGCAAAGAUCCGGCCCUCCAGCAGCAAUUUGUCCCGCAAUCCGUCCCUUUCCCUCCCCAUCACCAGAGAACCCAUGACGAAUUCAACUACGUUACCCGGCACCACCGCAAAACGAGUAUUGACGAGCGACGGACCCGUAAGCGUCCGGCCGACUUUUCUCCUCAUGUGCCCGCCGUGAACAGCACAACGACAACCACCAAUGACUUGGAUGCCGACUCGGAGCUGCACGAAUACUCGCUCGAUAACGCCAACGGAUCCAACAUGUCGCAAAAUUCGCAUCAGGCGGGCGUUCCCUUCCCUCUCGACACCUACAACAUCGAGAACGACCCUAUCAUUACGUCUGCUGGCCCCUUCCAGCAGAACUUCUCCUUCUCGCCUUCCUCCUCUCCCAUGAUAUCCCACGGCCCUUUCUCCACCGCCUACAAUGCAUCUUCGGUUCAGUCUUCCUCUUUGAACCCGUCGGAUUUCUAUUCCCCGCCGGGAUCGGCUUAUCAUUCCACUGUGUCGACACCGCACCCCAUGCCCGAUAACGACGGGUUCUACUUUGGAUCUAUGGACGUGCGCAGCCAAAGACAGCAGUCUUUCCGGCAAGGCCCUCAGAGCAUCGGAAAUCAAAUGAACGGGCAGUUCAUGUACAACACACAGAAUGGAAACCCCAUGUUCCCGGCAUCAGCACCCGCCGCCGAAUCUGUAUCUGCCUUCAGCGCUGCGCCCAGCCCCUUUGGGCACAUCGACCCGACCCAAGUCUUCCAGCCCGAUCACCCCGUCCGCUCCCCUGGCAUGUCUAUGCCCAACGAAGGCAUGUUCACCUUCGGCGCGGACUCGGACGAAGAGGAUGGUGGUGCCUUUGCGGACCGCAACUUGGUCAUGUCUCAGGACUUUUCGCCUGGUCCGAUGGAUGACAGCAACUCGUUGGGUUGGGAUCCGACCCUGCCAGGCCAGUACAGUACGCAGGCUGCACGAUACCCUGGUGGUCCGCCCCGAAAGCAGGUCACCAUUGGUGGUACCACGACGGAUUACGUCGAAACCAACGAUUGGGAAGGCGGCAGCCUACCGCGGUCGCAGUCCUUCAGGCAAGGCUCCGACAGGAGAGGCGGCAAGGUUCCACGCACGGCUUCGACGCCUGCGGGACAUCUGGGAAGGAAUGGAAACCCAUUUGAUCGAAUGGCACAGUCCACGCCCAACUCUCCACCCGAGAACAACGGCACCGUGUCUGGAUACUCCUCUGUCGCCCCCAGUCGGCCUUCAUCCCCACCUGGCUCGAAGCAGGGCUCCACGACCAACCUGCAGGCGGCUGCGGGCAGCCAAGGGGAAGGAAGCGCACCUACGACGUGCACAAACUGUUUUACUCAGACAACGCCGCUUUGGCGACGAAACCCUGAGGGUCAACCCCUUUGCAACGCUUGCGGUCUGUUCUUGAAACUUCAUGGUGUUGUUCGGCCGUUGAGUUUGAAGACGGAUGUCAUCAAGAAGAGGAACCGUGGCUCGGGCGCGAGCUUACCCGUCGGCGGCACGAGCACGAGAUCGAAGAAGAGCGCCACAGCACAUGCGUCUGGGCCAGGGUCCCGCAAGAACUCUACGCUUGCCAUCUCCACUCCUGCCAACCACGUCACGACCCCGCCUGCUGCCACUCGGGCCAGCAGCGCCAACGAGGGAGAGAGCCCUGCCAGCGGUGCCGCGUCGGGAGGCAACACCGCCGGCAGCACGCCGACAAGCUACGGGACCGGCUCGUCUACCGGCGCCGCUGCUGGUGGGAAAGGGGUUGUGCCAAUUGCUGCAGCCCCGCCUAAGAACACACCCGGCCCUGGGGCUGCUGCUCUUGCUCGUAAUGUCGGCACAUCCUCGUCUUCUAGCUCCUCGAAGCGCCAGCGUCGUCACAGCAAGAGUACCGGCAGCGAAGGCGUUGCGAACAUGGACGUUGACAGCCCCGAGACGUCUAUGGGCUCUCCCAACGAGGCUGCGAAAUCGCUGGGAUCCGCCACAGGUCUUGCUAGCAUGCCGACAGCUGGCUCACUGGGUUUGGCCAAUGGCUUUGGUAUGACUCAGCGUCCCAUGAUGGGCACAGGCAUGAUGGGGAUGCCCGGCGGCCAGAAUGGCCAGAUGAUGAAUCCCGGUGGUCCAACCUCGGGCCCACAGGAAUGGGAGUGGCUCACGAUGAGUCUCUGAGGCACCUGUGAACCACAUUCUUGUCGAUCGCCGACACGUUCGCAAGAUUUGACACAUUAUGCUUGCUGUUGGCGGAGCUAUCUUAGCAACUGGGGGUUUUUUUUGUUUUUUUUUUUGGUCUCUUCCCGUUUUCCUUUCGACCAUAAAUCGAUUCCGGGAUGCGCCUCGUUUACGACUUGAAUUGAGUUGGCCAGGGCGAACGGAUUAUUUCACGGGUUGAUUUUACGACAUUCUGCUUGAUACCACCAUGACCCCGAAGUUGGUCUUUGCGCGGCGGUCUUUUGCUUUUGGGCCGUCUAUGUAUGGGAAGAUAAUGGAGUGCGACCUGAUGUGUUUACUCGAUAUCCUACAAUCGUGGCUGGCGAACUGCGUGGGUUUCUCUGUGUCCAUCUGGCCACAAGACCAACCAGCCUUUGCCAGCAGCGAAAUACGACGUAAUGCGCCGAGUAAUGAGUGGCUUGAUGAAGACGAUUGGAUGCUGAGGAGAUUCACAACGUUGUUAAAGAGUGGCGAUAUUCCUGGAGCAUGAGGGGGAUUCAGCUGGUUCAACAUUGAAGCGUAUGGUUACUUUGCCGAGGCGUCGUUGUACUUUUGGGGCGGUUCGAACUUGUUAUUUUGAAAUGGUUCAAGAGCGGAGAUCUCGACGAGCACCGGUUGUGCGUGGCCUUCUCUUUUGUCCUUUUUCCACGACCGAAGGGAGAGACUACUGGGAGCACUUUUGAAUGUUUUUACAACUAGAGCUAUGUACCCGCCCGGAUGAUAUAAAGAUACCUCUUCGUACUUCACC